UAUUGCCGCUAAACACAUGGGCUGUGGAGAGCUACCCUGCAGUUUCAUCCCAGCAGUUGGAUGAAACUGCGGUAGACCCUCCGCCUCCCUGCGGUAGACUGCACCUUCCGUUUGAACUUCUGGACGCUUCGACGGCCGCUCUCGUGACCUCCGCUCCACCCCGAUUUUGAUUUUACCCUCUGUUGCAUGCCUGCUCGAAAGAGUCCCAGGAGAGCAAGAGAGUAGCUUUCUGAUGCCAGUGCCCUGUUGUUCAGGCAAAUUUAUUAUCAUUCUCACAGGAUGGCAGCUGUUGAUCUCUCCUCCACAUGUGCUAUAUCCACCGAGGACCGUCUCCACAUCCAGGAGUCAGAAAUUCCUCUUGCUUCAAAAGACCAUUCUUGUCAUCAGGAUGUGGACCUGUUUGCGUAUAAUGGUUUGGAGCCUCAUAUGCCAACUAAUGUUGGUUCCCAGGACUCAGUGACUUUCCAGGAUGUUGCAGUGGACUUUACUGAGAAGGAGUGGCCCUUGCUGGAUUCUUCUCAGAGAAAACUGUACAAAGAUGUGAUGCUGGAAAACUAUACUAACCUAGCCUCAGUGGGGUGUCAGGUGAGGAAACCCAGCCUCAUCUCCCACUUGGAACAAGAAGAGGAGCUGAGAACAGAGGAGGGGGUACUUCCCCAAGGCACAUGUACCGAUUGGGAGAUUCCAUCUAAGACCAAAUGGUCCAUACUCAUGGAAGAUAUUUUUGGGAAGGAAACAUCCAGUCGUCUGACAAUGGAAAAAACCCAUGUUGGAGAAAAAUCCACUGAAUAUGCUCAACUGUUUGAAGUCUUCAGCAUGGGUGCUCAUCUUACUCAGCAAAUGGGAAGGCACACUGGCAAGAGGCCCUGUCACCAGCGGGACUAUGGGGUAGUUUUCAAGAAUAGGCCACAUCUAACCCAACAUGUGAUCAUUUACAAUGGGAGAAAAAUGCAUGAAUGUCAUCAGUGCCAAAAAGCCUUUACCACAAGUGCUUCCCUUACACGGCACAGGAGAAUACACACUGGGGAGAAACCCUAUGAAUGCAAUGUCUGUGGGAAAGCUUUCAAUGAUCCCUCAGCCCUUAGGAGUCAUGCAAGAACUCAUCUCACAGAGAAGCCCUUUGACUGCAGUCAGUGUGGAAAUGCAUUUCGAACCCUCUCCUCCCUGAAGAUACACAUGAGAGUUCACACUGGGGAGAGACCUUACAAGUGUGAUGAAUGUGGGAAGGCAUAUGGCAGGAGCUGCCACCUCAUUGCACACAAAAGAACACACACUGGAGAGAGACCCUAUGAAUGUCAAGACUGUGGGAAAGCUUUCCAGCAUCCCUCACAUCUCAAAGAGCAUGUCAGGAAUCACACGGGAGAGAAACCCUAUGAAUGCACACAGUGUGGAAAAGCCUUUCGAUGGAAGUCUAACUUUAAUUUGCACAAGAAGAACCACAUGGUAGAGAAAACAUAUGAAUGUAAAGAAUGUGGGAAAUCGUUUGGUGAUCUCUUAUCACGGAGAAAACACAUGCGAAUUCAUAUUGUAAAGAAACCUGUUGAAUGUAGGCAGUGUGGGAAAGCAUUCAGAAACCAGUCCAUCCUUAAGACACACAUGAAUUCUCACACUGGAGAGAAACCAUAUGGGUGCGAUCUAUGUGGGAAAGCCUUUAGUGCGAGCUCAAACCUGACUGCACACAGGAAAAUACAUACACAAGAGAGACGCUAUGAGUGUGCUGCCUGUGGGAAAGUCUUUGGUGAUUAUUUAUCCCGGAGGAGGCACAUGAGCAUUCAUCUUGUAAAGAAACGUGUUGAAUGUAGGCAGUGUGGGAAAGCCUUCAGAAACCAGUCAACUCUUAAGACACACAUGAGAAGUCACACAGGGGAGAAGCCUUAUGAAUGUGAUCACUGUGGGAAAGCCUUCAGCAUAGGCUCAAACCUUAAUGUUCACAGGAGAAUACAUACUGGGGAGAAGCCCUAUGAAUGCUUGGCUUGUGGGAAAGCCUUCAGUGACCAUUCAUCUCUUCGGAGUCAUGUUAAAACUCACCGAGGAGAGAAACUUUUAGUGUCAUCAGUCUGGAAGAGGCUCCAGUGACACACCUUUAAAAAACAUGAGAGCCCUGGCUGGUUUGGCUCAGCAGUUAGAGCGUUGGC